GUCGUGGGCAGCUGCUGCGCUCCAACUCCGUCGAUCUGGUGCCCCGGUCUUCUGAUGAGCCUGUCGCUCGGUCCUCACCAUACCUUCUGAGCCCUUUCCCCUCGUGUUCUGGACUCUCGCGUUGCGUCGUUCAUUGCCCUCCGUCUAUGCCACCCAAUGUGAUGUCACUGGGGGUUCUCAGCUGGUGCCUAGCACGCAAGUGGAUUUGCUAAUCCACGAACGGUCUCAAAGAAAAAAGAAGAAAAACGAACAAGAAAAAGGGAAGAACCAGGCACCUGAUAUGCUCGCCGACCCCACGGGAAUUCUUCGUGCGCUCUAUGGAAAUCCUGGGGCCUGAGUGAGGUUAUAUUGCGCUCAUGCCGACUCGCCCCCAAGUCAACAAACUCGGAAGCAAUUUGGAACUGUCGUCAAAAACGCAUUUGGCUCCGGACACUCUGUUCUAAAAGAUGAGUGGGAUUCAUAGGUUUCUCACCAGGCGCGAGCGAUACAGCAGACAUGGAAAGCACAUCAAGGAAGAGACCUCGAACGUACUUUCCCGUCCUCAUUUCCGUGGAUUCUUCUCGUCAGACCGUUCAGCGGGCGAGGCUAGUGACGAACAAAAGAAGGUCAAAUCACUCGAACGCCGCAUUUCCCAGCUUGGCAUCACGAAUCUGAAAGAGGACCAUCUUGUUUAUGCGCUGCAAUCACACCAUGCACAAGGAGAUGUGGACCAAGCCUUUGAGUUGCUCCUGCUCCUCGAGGAUGCGAUCGAAGGAAUAGUACGAGACUAUACCCCCCACACGAAGCUUUUGGGAGCGGAGAAUCGAGAAAAUGUCACCUGCUACCUGGAUGCACUGCUGUUUGCCAUGUUUGCUCGCCUGGACUGCUUCGAGGCAAUCUUAUACAAAUCCUUUAAUGACGAGCCUCGCCGAAAACUUGCGAUACUCCUAAGACUUUGGGUCAACAUGCUGCGGUCAGGAAAGCUCAUCACGACGGACAUUACGAAACACUUGCAGGAUGCGCUUGCUGAAUGUGGCUGGGAAGACGCGGCCAAACUGCGCCAACAGGACGCCUCGGAAGCAUUUACCUUUAUCACGGAAAAGCUAGAGCUACCGCUCCUUACGUUGAAGAUGGAUAUCUAUCACACAGGGAAAGAGGACGUCAGCGGCGAUCACAAAUUCGUCAACGAAAGACUGCUGGAAGUCGCAAUCCCAGAACCGGAGGAUGGGAAGACGGUGACGCUGGAAGACUGCCUAGAAUCGUACUUCAACAAUAGGAUUGAAGUGAAGCGCCACCUAGAACGACGCAACACGGUGGGCUCCACGAAGUCAGUCGACUCCCUGGCCAAGGGUUUCACGACACAUGUCGAAACCGUGGAACUUUCCCCUACACCUUCCGCAUCGCCAACCCUAUCAUCCCCUGUGCGACUUGACAGCGUGAAUUCGAUAUCGUCGGUCACGGAAACGGGUAACGCAACCCCCAUGCCUCGACGAAGCAGCAUCGUCCAGGAACGGUUCAUUCCGGACCCUGAAGGCGAAAAAGCAAGCGACGGAGGCGCUAUUACGUCUCAGAGAAGAGGCUCUUACAGAAAAGAAGUCAUGAUGCCUGCGUGGCAAUUCUUCAGCCUAAUUCCGUGGUACACAGAUAACACCCCCACCAACGAUGCGCAGGUCGCAGCGCAUUUUUCCUCAAAGCGGCCAAUUCUCGGCAUGUGCUUGAAGCGGUACUCGAUGCUGCCUAGUGGGAAAACAGUCAGACUUGAUACUUUUGUUGAUAUCCCGACGGAGAUUGGGUUACCGCAUUUUAUUCAGGACGACAGCAUGGAUGCAGAAGGCCCGAUCUAUGGAAAUUUUAAAUUAUCCCUGCAAGCAAUAGUUUGCCAUCGCGGUAUCUCUGUCGACUCAGGGCACUACAUCGCGAUCGUUCGGGGCACCAGUGCCGGUGCAGCCCCGGCCAGCUCCCACGGGGCCGAAGAGAAUACCUCGAACACUCCACGUUAUUGGAUGCGUUUUGAUGAUCUGGCGAAGGAGCGAGUCACUCUCGUUGACAUCGAGCAAGCCCUGAAGUAUGAAUCGCCCUAUCUGCUGUUCUAUCAGAUACUGCCUGUCGACGAGGAUGCGGAAGUGGCCAAUUUCCCCAGCAAGGUUUCUUCCGAAGAGUUGUCCGAGGAAAUCCAUGAUAUAGACCCUGCGGUCAUGCAGAACCUCAAUCUAUCACCCAUGGACGCCCGUGAUACUGAUCGGCCCGAGGCAUUUCAUCCUCACCGGCCAAGUUUUGAAAUCACCGGGCCCGAUAAUGCCGAGAGCAUGCCGUUUGAGCUAAACGAGAGGAAGCAGAGCGUAGCCUUCUCUGACCCUGCAAAUCAAACCGGGGGGUUAUCGGUGUAUACCGCCUCAUCUAGUUCACCACAACUUGGCCCUAGAGACGACGAUGGCGGAAGGAACUCCAACACAUUCUCCCGGCGAGGUUCCAAAGCGACUAAAAGCAACCCGGGAAGCCGUGCUGGAAGCCAAACCAGUGAAAACAGGAUCAGCGCUACCUUCUCGCGGUUCACUGGGCGGCUCAGUAGGGAUAAAAUCAGCAAUGACGGCUUUUCCCUUGACGGGGACGACGAAUUGACCCCAGGAAAUGAUCCGGCUGCUCAUCCCGGGGAGAAGUCGGGUACUAGCAGCUUUGAAGGCAAAGAAAGACUGUCAUGGCGAUCGAGGGACCCGGGCAAGCGCCGAGAGAAGUCCAAGGAGAAGCCACGGGAGAAGAUCGGACGAAAGCUGGAGCGAGAGUGUGUGAUUAUGUGAUUGCAGGUCUGCGGCGAGAGAUGCAUGAUACCCAGCCACCGUCGGCACGAGUGGCAUGAAGCGAGCUACUGGUUUGAUUGUUAUUUUUUUUCCCUGAUGAGGUUCUUCGUGUGUUGAUUGCCGUAGUAUGUCUUAGGAUGGCGUUUGAGGGGAGGAUUAAUAGACCACACGGGCUGAGAUAGAAAUAGAAGAGAAAGACGGAACUCUGUUGAGUCUUGUAGGGAGCGUAUCCCGGACUCCGUCUAG